AUGGCCCGUCGUCCAGCGCGUUGCUACCGCUACUGCAAGAACAAGCCGUACCCCAAGUCGCGCUUCAACCGUGGUGUGCCAGACCCCAAGAUCCGCAUCUUCGACCUCGGCCGCAAGCGUGCGAACGUCGACGAUUUCCCUCUCUGCGUCCACCUCGUCUCCAACGAGUAUGAGCAGCUGAGCUCCGAGGCCCUCGAGGCCGCCCGUAUUUGCGCCAACAAAUACCUCGUCAAGAUUGCCGGCAAGGAAGGUUUCCACAUGCGUGUCCGUGCCCACCCAUACCACGUCGUCCGUAUCAACAAGAUGUUGUCUUGUGCCGGUGCCGAUAGACUACAGACCGGUAUGCGUGGCGCUUACGGCAAGCCUAACGGCUCUGUCGCUCGUGUCAACAUUGGCCAGAUUCUCCUUUCCGUCCGAACUCGUGACACUCACCGCGCUACUGCCAUCGAGGCUCUUCGUCGGUCGCAGUACAAGUUCCCAGGUCGCCAGAAGAUCAUUGUCUCCAAGAAGUGGGGUUUCACUCCUCUCGACCGCGCCGACUACGUCGAGAAGCGCAAGGCCGGUGCCGUCCGUGUUGAUGGCGCUUACGUCCAGUUMCUCCGCAACAAGGGCCCGAUCGAGUACAACAUGCGCCGCUUCCCAGACGCCUUCAACGCAUCCGCAUAA